AUGGACAACAUCCCAGCCUUUGAUCUAGGUGGUGCACAGGAAGAUGGACGCGCAAUCAACGAGGAGAGGGAUCGACAGCUCGAUGGCGACGCCUCCGCGGCGGCGGCAUCACCGGCGCAUCCGGAAGCCGUUUCGAAAGACGACUGGGAUGAUCUGUUGUGCGGUGCUGUUGACAAGGACAGCGAAGACGUGGAGGAUUGGAUCACCGACGGCGCCCUGCCCGUGGCACCUGCCGCCUCUGCCGGUGAUGCUGUGCGGACAGCCGAUAGGCGCUCUCGCCAGCUCAUACUGGACCCAGUGGAGUGGCUGGCCCAGGCCUCCGACGCCCCGCUCAUGGACGAGGGCCUGCUCGAAUCGAGCACGCACAUCAAGGACCAACUUACUGAGACGCUCGCGCCGUCCGCUGCCGCCAAGUACACGGAGUGGCUUAGCCAUCAAAUGCACGAUGCCACCUUCCGCGACGUGGAGGCGGCAAUCGGCGAAGCGCCGCCGAGCGCGGACAAUGUGGCAGCGAUAGCCGCCAAGGGCUUUGACCCGGCAACGGCAGUAUUCAUGGCAUCAGCAUCGCAGCAGAGCAUCGACGCCGAGGAAGACACGAGCUUGCAGGAGGAGCUGACUGCUGAGCUUUACGCCGACGUCUCUCGAGCCAUCCGCAAGCAGCAGUGGCACCGACCGCGCAACCGGAAGGCGAAGCGCAGCAGGGCGGCGACGGCCGCCCUCUCGACUAGCACUGACACAAACGGAGACCGUUUCACGGAUGCAGUGCACCCGUCAGAGGCGCCUCUGAGUCAGGAGAACGAUGCCGCGACGAUGCAACUCGAGGCACUGCCUCCUGCCGCUCAGUCUGCAGCCCCCCUCAACCCAGACGAGGGUGCAGAUGGUACCGCUGGCGGUGCGCUGCCGACACCUUGUCACGAAGUCGCUGCCGCCUCGCUCACGGGACCGAAGAGGGAUAGCACGACUGCACCAGCGGCGGAGUCGGACGCACUUGUCUACAACAUUUUUACGCGCCGCGUCGCCAAGGCUGGAUCGAUGAGCAUCCGCACACUGGCACUGAUGGGCAUCGGCGUCGACCGAACCACGCGUGAACUCUGCGUGACGGACGGCGAGGCGCUGCGGAACCUCGCUGGCGAGCUGCGUGCCCACCGUGUCUCCUGGCCAAAGCUCUGGUCGCGCGGCCCCCUUUAUCAACAGAUUGAGCGUCUCCUGAGCGAUGCGACCGUCGAGGACCCCGUGGAGCGAGUGUCGGGACUACUGAAGUUGCAGUACAACCGAUCCCACCUGCAGCGGCAGAAGCCUGGUCUUGUCGUAUGCGGAGACACGACAGAGUCGGAGCAAACACCAUCAGCGGCUGUGGAGGCGACCACUGCGCAGCCUAGUAUGAUCGAGAGCAUCGAUGAAAAGCUCCUCACCCUUCAGGACCUUAACGCGGAGCAACAGGCUGUCGUGCAGCUGGUCAUGCAGGGGCAUCAUACAUACAUCGGCGGCGGCGCUGGCACGGGCAAGUCGGUGCUGCUCCGUGUCAUCAAGCAGCAGCUUGCUCGUGAAGGACUAGCUGUGGCUGUGACGGGGACGACCGGCAUUGCCAGCUCUCAGAUCGGCGGGUGCACGCUGCAUCACUGUCUCGGUAUCAGCCCUCUUGGCGAGUUCACGCGUCGCAAGGACUUGAGCAGCUACGACGUCAUAAUCAUUGAUGAGGUGUCGAUGCUUUCACGGGAUCUCUUCGAGUCGCUGGAGGUGCACCUGCGCCGCGCCAACAACAUCAACCUCCCCUUCGGUGGUGUACAGAUGAUACUGAGCGGCGACUUUCUGCAGCUCGGCGCCAUUCACGCGCAGCCGCUUAUCACGUCCACUGUCUUCCGCCGCAACUUUGUUCAGCUGAAGCUGCACACGGUGGUGCGGCAGAACCGCGACCUGCGCUUUACCGCCCAGCUGCAGCAGCUUCGGCGUGGAAUAGUGCCACCGGACCUACCAAAAUCGGUGCGGUUCAUGUCACGAGAGCAGGUGGUGGCCGAGCACCAUGCUGCGUCGGAGCUACGUGAGCGCCAGCAGGCCCAACUGCAGCAGGUCCUGUCCACCGCAGCCUGCGAGCCCUCCAUAGACCCUCACACGGAGGCACGGACGACCUUCAAUGCUGCCGAUGAGAGCCUUCGGACUCCGUCCGCGCCGGCGACCACGCCUGUGAGUCCGGUCCCACAAGUGCGGCGCCGCGACAGCGUGGCUGCAUUCGUGGACGGCGCCGUGAACCUGUUGCCGACGAAUCACGAGGUCGACGCGACCAACACGGAGCAGCUGGACAGGUUGGAUGGGGAGCUCAUCACAUUCACACCUCAGCUCCUGCCCCCGUCCCUCGUGGGUGCCUGGUCUCCGACGUAUGUGCUGCGCGUCUAUGCGCCACCGAAGCUGAACAUGCAGAUGUUUGCGCUGGAGAUACGGCGGUACCUCGCCGCUUUCUACACACACGGGCAGCGCGCGUCGUCGCGACCUUCGUCUCGCUUGUCAGCGCGGCUGGCAAGUCGGAAAACGGAUGCCGCGGCGUUCUCCAGCACCGCAGCAGCGUCAGCAGACUUCAGUGACGGUGCGUGGCUCCUGCACCCCAGCCUCAGCGAGCGCAGCAUCGUGUUGUACCCCCUCUUCGUCGACGCCUUGGCCCUCCGGGUGCGUCUGCCGCCGACGAUGGACAAGGACGAGGCGCAGGAGUUCUUGCUGUACCUGAGUGAACUGGAUCGUCAUCUUGAAAGCAUCGACAACGGCGUACGGGUCCGCGACGUCCUCGUGCACCCAGACGGCAUGCAUACGGAGCAGGACGAGUUCACUCUCUUGCAGUACGCCCAACGCACUCCGCUUGCCCGGCCACUGGGGCUAAAGAUUGGCGCUCGCGUGAUGCUCCGCACGAACCUGGCCCCAGGGCUUGUGAACGGAAGCCUGGGCACCGUUGUCGCCUUCCGCAAGCUGGAAAUGGACCAGCUCCCGCGCUACAUUCUCGGCAGCGCGCAGCGGGAGGAAUCCAUCUUGCAGUACGCCGACUACUUGAAGUACGAGCAGGGCUUCGACGUGCCACUGGUGCCGGUAUUGGACUUCAACGGGCGGCAGGAGGUGAUCCCGCCAGUGACGCACUUUGUUGGAGGGCUGCCGAACACGCACUUCUACAGCAUGGGGAUCAUCGCCCUGCCGCUCUCCUUAGCCUACGCCUUCACGGUGCACAAGGUGCAGGGCCUCACCCUGGUGGGUCGCGUGCACCUGGAGCUGUCUCGCAUGUGGCCGUGUGAGCAUCUGCUGUACGUGGCCAUGAGUCGCGUGCGUAACCCGGAGCAGCUGUCGGUCUCCUCUUUUCACCCCAGCCUGGUGCGUACGGCGGCGGACUGUCUGCUCUUCGAUGACAGCCUGCCGCCGGUGACGCAGGCGCGCAUCGCGCCGUACAUGGUGGCGGCGACCUGGCGGCGCUCAGUGGAGCGACGCAAGAAGACGGUGCUGAGGAAGCGCCUCGAGGCGUACGUGGCGAGGCGCCAGCAGAGGCUGCAAAGUGAGGCGAGUAGAGGCGACAUCCGCGCAGAAAUACGGCUUCUGGAGGAAAAGAUGCUGAAGCAGCGGGUGAGGGCGUCGGCAGCGCGCGGCAAGCGCCGCAACACCACCGGUAAGUUAGGAGCCGUAGCGGCCUCCCCAACGGUGUGA